AUGUUGGGAAGAGUGUCAGGAGUUGGUGUUAAGCUACAAAAUUUUUACCCUAAUAUAAUUCUGUGGCAUUGCUGUAACCACAGGCUUGAAUUGGCUGUAUCAGAUACUCUGAAAGAAGUUCAUAGAACUAAUCAUUUUCAAAGUUUUAUUGAAAAACUAUAUGUGUUGUAUCAUCAAUGGCCAAAAAAUAGAAAUGAAUUAAGCAUAUUAUGUGCAGCAUCUUUAGAGCAAAAGCUAUUAAAUAUUGGUAAAAUAUUUACCAUUAUGUGGGUUGCAUCUAGCGAGAAGACUUUGAAGGCUGUUUUUAAUAAUUACACUUCAUUAUUUAAGCAUUUUUUCAAUGCAUCUAAUGAUAGUCUAAGAGAGUAA